AUGCGUGAAAGUUUUGAUAAAGUUGUACGAAAUGAUAAAUAUACAUUGACAGUCAAAUUGUUGUACAGUGUUUCAAUUAUUCUGUUGAUCAUAUGGUUGAUCAACAUUUUACCAAGUCUCUUUCAAUGGAGAAUCAAUCAAGUCGAUCAUGAUGUAAUACCUAAAACAAUAGAAUUUUCGUGCAAUAAUAUAUCUGUUCCAAACGGAUCAGAAUCAGAUCUUGCUAGUAUAUUGCACAAAAUAUAUUCCCCUAUCAGUAAAACGUCCGUUCAAAAAUACCCACUGAGAUAUAGUCUGGAACAAAAUAGACUUGAGAAAUUAUAUGAUUCAUUGGGUGUGAAUAAGACG